AUGGGGCACACCUUCCAUGAGGCUGUGGAUGGCAUCUGCGCUCCCUCCAGCACCUUCUGGAAAACAAGCCUGACCCAGAAGAGGCGCUGUAAGAGAGCACAGAGGGAGAGGUUGAGGACUAAGCAUGGCUUCCUGGAAGACCAGGGAAUUUAUCAGAGCAAAGUUAGAGAGCUGAUAAGUGACAACCAAUACCGGCUGAUUGUCAACGUGAAUGACCUGCGCAAGAAAAAUGAGAAGAGAGCCAACCGCCUCCUGAAUAAUGCCUUUGAGGAACUGGUUGCCUUCCAGCGGGCCUUAAAGGAUUUUGUGGCCUCCAUUGAUGCUACCUAUGCCAAGCAAUAUGAGGAGUUCUACGUAGGAUUGGAGGGCAGUUUUGGUUCCAAGCAUGUCUCUCCUCGGACUCUUACCUCCUGCUUCCUUAGCUGUGUGGUCUGUGUGGAGGGCAUUGUCACUAAAUGCUCUCUAGUUCGUCCCAAAGUGGUCCGCAGUGUCCACUACUGUCCUGCUACCAAGAAGACCAUAGAGCGACGUUAUUCUGAUCUCACUAACCUGGUGGCCUUUCCAUCUAGCUCUGUCUAUCCAACUAAGGAUGAAGAGAACAAUCCCCUUGAGACAGAAUAUGGCCUUUCUGUCUAUAAGGAUCACCAGACCAUCACCAUCCAAGAGAUGCCAGAGAAGGCCCCAGCUGGGCAGCUUCCCCGCUCUGUGGAUGUCAUUCUGGAUGAUGACUUAGUAGAUAAAGUGAAGCCUGGUGACCGAGUCCAGGUGGUGGGAACCUACCGUUGUCUGCCUGGAAAAAAGGGAGGCUACACGUCAGGGACCUUCAGGACUGUCCUGAUUGCCUGUAAUGUGAAGCAGAUGAGCAAGGAUGCGCAGCCUUCCUUCUCUGCUGAGGAUAUAGCCAAGAUCAAGAAGUUCAGUAAAACCCGUUCCAAGGAUAUCUUUGAGCAGCUGGCCAGUUCAUUGGCACCUAGUAUCCAUGGGCAUGACUAUGUGAAGAAGGCAAUCCUCUGCUUGCUCUUGGGAGGGGUGGAACGAGAUCUAGAAAAUGGCAGCCACAUUCGUGGGGACAUAAAUAUUCUUCUAAUAGGAGACCCAUCGGUUGCCAAGUCUCAGCUUCUGCGGUACGUGCUUUGCACUGCACCCCGGGCUAUCCCCACGACUGGCCGGGGCUCCUCUGGAGUGGGUCUGACGGCUGCUGUCACCACAGACCAGGAAACAGGGGAGCGCCGUCUAGAAGCAGGGGCCAUGGUCCUGGCUGACCGAGGUGUGGUUUGCAUUGAUGAGUUUGACAAGAUGUCUGACAUGGACCGUACAGCCAUCCACGAAGUAAUGGAGCAGGGUCGCGUGACCAUCGCCAAGGCCGGCAUCCAUGCUCGGCUGAAUGCCCGCUGCAGUGUUUUGGCAGCUGCCAACCCCGUCUACGGCAGGUAUGAUCAGUACAAGACCCCGAUGGAGAACAUUGGGCUGCAGGACUCACUUCUGUCCCGAUUUGACUUGCUUUUCAUCAUGCUGGAUCAGAUGGAUCCUGAGCAGGAUCGGGAGAUCUCGGACCAUGUCCUUAGGAUGCACCGCUACAGAGCCCCCGGGGAGCAGGAUGGUGAUGCUAUGCCCUUGGGUAGUGCUGUGGAUAUUCUGGCCACAGAUGAUCCCAACAUUAACCAGGAGGACCAGCAGGAAACCCAGAUUUAUGAGAAACAUGACAACCUUCUGCAUGGGACCAAAAAGAAAAAGGAGAAGAUGGUGAGUGCAGUAUUCAUGAAGAAGUACAUCCAUGUGGCCAAAAUUAUCAAGCCCGCCCUGACACAGGAAUCAGCUGCCUACAUUGCUGAAGAGUAUUCACGCCUGCGCAGCCAGGACAGCAUGAGCUCGGACACUGCCAGGACAUCUCCAGUUACAGCCCGGACACUGGAAACUCUGAUCCGACUGGCCACAGCCCAUGCAAAGGCUCGCAUGAGCAAGACUGUGGACCUGCAGGAUGCAGAGGAAGCUGUGGAAUUGGUCCAAUAUGCUUACUUCAAGAAGGUUCUGGAGAAGGAGAAAAAACGUAAGAAGCGAAAUGAGGAUGAAUCAGAGACAGACGAUGAAGAGGAGAAGAGCCAGGAGGCCCAAGAGCAGAAGAGGAAGAGGAGGAAGACUCGCCAGUCAGAUGCCAAAGAUGGGGAUUCAUAUGACCCAUAUGACUUCAGUGACACAGAGGAGGAAAUGCCUCAAGGUGAGAGUCCCCCCACUGAUCAAAGAGGUUGUUUCUUUGACUCUUGA